GAUCGAGUGAAGACGGAGGCUUGACCGAUUGUUAAUAGCGUCAUUGAAUUUGCUAUUUCUGUUGGAUAUCUUAUUUAUAAUACGCAACAUUCAUUAAAUACCUAGAGUAUUUAAUUGGUUACACCGUCGUGGAAUAAUUCGAUAAAUAAGUAUGAGGCGGAAGAGUGAAAGAAAUAAGGCGAAAGGUUCCCCUGAAAAGAAAGUGGAAAAACCAACAAGGAAAUCAACACGCAGACGUGGAAGGAAAUCUGCUUCAUCUUCUCCAGAUCGUGAUAAUACCGAGGAUAGCAGUACAUCAAGUAUCCCUCGUGCAAAGGAAAAUGAUACUGUACCAGUGAUAGAAGAAAAGUGCCCAGUUAAAGAGUUGGAGACAAUCGUUGAAGUACCGCAAGAUGCUGACCCAAUUGUUUCUUUUAUGGAAGUGGAAGAAACUGGAAAACCAUUGGAAGAAGAAGACGCAGGAUCCGUGUGGAAAGUAGCAAGAGCUGAUGCUUCUCCGGGAGAAAUACAGAAGUUAAAACUAUGCAGACAACGUAAUAUAUCAGAAGCAUCGGAUAAUUCGUUAAGUAGGAAAAAAUCAAACAAGUGGCCUGAAAGUGGUGAGGUAGUCGGGGAGGAGGCUGACUCUGCCGACGAGCAACCAACACCUUCAAAGAAGGUGGCAGGUUCUACGGGGCUGAACGAUCCCUCCUCCUUGCACCUAGGUCAGGACUCCAAUGAAGAGGUAAGUGAUAGCAAGGAGAUCCUGCCCAAAACUGCUUCGGCCGACUUGUCUGACGAUAAACCAAACAUAGAUCAGCAACCUGAUUCAAAAGAAGCAAGUUGUUCCAUCCAAAAUGCUGAUGACGAGAAGUCACCUAAAUCGAGUGGUACUACCGUUGCUCCUAGUUCAAAUGGAGCUGAAUCGAAGGAGUUGAUUGUUAGAGAAGAGAAGACGACAGAAGAUGAGGAAGUCACCAACGCGGAUGUCAAGAUGGAUUACAUUCCCAAAGAAUCAAGUAGUGAAGAAGAAAAGGACGAACAAUCGGAUUCAUCUUCUAAUUCAGCUGCUGGGUCUAGUGCCCAUAGUAAUUCAGGAGUAAAAACAUCGUCACGUGCCAGUCGUAGAAAACAUCGUAAUAAGUAUCGCGAAUCAUCUAAUUCGGAUACCGGUGAAUCUGAGGACGAACCUUCAGUUGCAAAAAAGGUACAAGAGUUAUAUUUUGAAGAAAAUAAACCAGAAGAAAAAGAAUCAAGUACAAACAGAAAUGAAUUUCCUUUACCUGAGCCAAGAUCAAAUUCUGUUCAGGAAAAUAACAUUGAAAUGGAAAUUGAACAACAUGAAAGCAAUAAAGAAACCUUGAAUAUUAUAAAUGAUAAACCAGAACAUGAUUUACUCACAAGUAAUCUGAUUUUGAAUCAAAAACCAGCAAAAGUUAACUUGAAAAGAUCAUUUACUACAAGGUUAUCUGCAGAUUUAACAGAUGUUACGAAGGAAGAAAUGACUGCAAAACUUGACAGUGAACAUGUACAAAACAAAGAAAAUAUUACUAACACUGAACAAUCGGAAGGAAAAUGCAUUAUGCGCAAACGGCGGUGGGGAACUGCUUUGCCCACUGAUGUUACUCCAGCAUUUUCUGUUUCAACAGAGUCUUUGAAGGUCUUAGUGCCAGGAGCAAAACCAUUAUCUAUUAAUGAAGUUCGAUUAUCAAAGGAUGAUGACGAAGAAAGGGAUCAACGUAAAGAUCGAGAAAAAAGUCGUUUAUCAGGAGACAGUGUUGGAGAAUAUAAACCAAAAGAUGAAGGCAUAUUGCAGAAAAACGAAGCAACAAGAAGAAAAAUUUCUAUUGUCAAAGAUGCUCCCCAUGUCAAGUCACCUAGUCCGCCUGCUAUUAAGCCUACAAACAUACUUCUCAUUAAAAACUUGGUUCGCCCAUUUACAUUAAAUCAGAUCAAAGAACUACUGUCACGCACGGGCACUAUUGUAGAAAAUGGUUUUUGGAUGGACAGAAUAAAAUCCAAAUGUUUUGUAGAGUAUUCCAAUGAAGAUCAAGCCUUUGAAACAAGACAAGCAUUGCAUGGUAUAUCAUGGCCAAUAUCAAAUCCUAAAAGGCUUCAAGUGGAAUAUGCUACAAAGGAUGACAUGGAAUUAGCUCGUGAAUUAUCUAAGGAUCAGCCUAUUCCACGUAAAACCGAACCACUUCUACCAUCAGAUCCUUGGCAUCACGACUGGGCACGCGACGAGAGGACUAAUUCUGCGCCUAAAGUCACGAUUGUGAGAGAAUGGGAUUUAGGUAAAGAAGAUGGUCCUUUACACGUUAAGGAGAAAGAGCGAGAGAAGAAAGAAAUGGACAAGAAAAGACGACAAAGAAGUCGUAGCCCACUCUUGGAAGCACAUUUGCCAGCGCCUGCUCGCAAAUUUAAGAAGAAAGAAGAUGAUCCACCGCCGGCCAAGCUUUUAGAUGAUCUCUUUAGAAAAACGAAAGCUGUACCCUGCAUAUAUUGGUUACCGCUCACGAAUGAACAAAUUGUGGUAAAAGAAGAAAUGCGAAGGCAGCAUAUGGCGGAACACGCUCGUCGAUUGGAGGAGAUGAGACGCGCAGAGAGGAACAGAGAUGGCCGCCGCCGUCGUAGUCCCCGAAAAUAAAGAAACAAUGCCUUAUCACCACUCGAUAAUUACCUUUUCGUUCCGAUCUAACAAAAAAAAAAACUGACUGACGGACCUACAGCAAUUAUGUUGUCCCGAAUUAAAGAAAAGGUCGACCUCUUCCGAGACCAACUAAUCUCUUCUUUUCACUAAUUAACGAUUAACUACAUUCGGUUAAUCUACGAACCGUGUUAAUGCUUCAUUGUUUUUAUGGUAUUUCUUUGAAGACAUUUUAUUUGUUAUUUGCCAUUUAGAAAAGUAUUUUCCCGCGCGAUUAAUUUCAUUUUGUCGGUAUUCCUUAUUCCGUUACAGUUCACGCAUGACCAAAGUCCUGACUUUCCUCGGUUCUUGAUUUCAGUAUUAAACCGUACUUCUUACAGGUCAACAUUUACUAUUCAUCGGUGGUGAUAAUGACUAAACAGAUUCAUAGUGGUACCAUAUGUGCCCUAUCGACGAUGGGAUAUAUUGUUUCUUGGAAUGUGGCUGCGAGGCUCAAUGAUCGACGUAAUAGAGUAAUACAUGCUCGACGACACAGCUCGUUCUCUUUCGAUGAGAAUAGCAACGUGGGAUUAGAAGACAAAACUUUCACGUUAUUCAUUACCCAAAUAGUGUUUAUACUUAAAGCAAAAAAAAAAUGAUAGUAAUUCGCAUUAAACACAUUUUAUAAUUCAAUUGACACCCUGCAAAAGUUAAAUGGCAACAGUAAUUACUGUCAUUUAAAGUGCAUAGAAGCGUCCUAAACGUUCGUAAAACUGACAUUUAUUAUUUCCAAGAUAUACUUAUAUCAUAUAAUGCGGCUAGAGCGUGUGGAUCUAUCAUAAAUCGGGCAACUCUACCCUGUACAAUGUGCGAUGCAAGCGCAAUAUCGUUUACUAUGAGAGCCCAUUGUACAUAUAAAUAUCUAAUAUUCCAAGCGUGUAAAAUUAUCAAUAAAAUAGAGGAUCCAAUAAGAAAUAAUCUGGUUUUCUCUCACGAAAAAUAGCUUUAGUAUUGUCAUAUAGCAAACAUGAAAAGCAUGUUCUUUUAUCUUGAUCUAAUAAAUAAGCGAUAUUAUAA